AUGGUAUUAUCAAAUAUUGGUGGUGAUAUCAAUAUUUACAUUCUUAAACGAAUAAAUUAUUGGGCUUGUCAUAUACGUGGUUAUCUACAUUUUGUUUUUCUCAAUUCAAUCUAUCUAUCUUAUGUACUUCAGAGUGGUUUUCGUCUUUUACGUAUUGUAUUUCAUAAAUAUAAAUAUUUACGAACAAUUUAUUCGUUUUCAUUUUUUAUUCUCGUUCAAUGGAUUGCAUCAUUUCUAUUUAUUUUACCUAUUUUGAUUGGAGAUCAUAACUAUGCAUCUUUUGUUGUCUAUUUACCUCAAGAAUUUUAUUGUAGUGUUCCUAUUACUAGUAUUCGAGGUACUAUAUUUAUAAUACUUAGUGCAUAUUUCAUACCAUUAUGUUGUAUUGGUGUAACUUAUUUGUGGAUUAUAAUUCAUGUCCAAUAUAGAAACAGACAAAGUAUGUUGAUACCUAUUUCAGUUCAACGUAAAACUAAACGUGAUAAUAUUAUCAUAAAACGAAUUUGCAUAGUUAUGAUUGUCCUUUCAUCAUUAGGAAUAAUACCAUGUUCGUUUGUUAUUGUAUAUAUUAUGACUAAUUACUUGCAUUGGGCAUCCUAUCGUGUAAGUUGGAUGACAGUUUCUAUAUCAUUUGCAUUAAUUACUCUAUCAUCACUUUAUCAUGAUGAUGUUGAUGAUGAUGAUAUUAGAUUUAUUUCUAAACUUAUUGUUAAUAUUGUUGAAUCAAAUGAUAUAUUUGAACGAUCAGCUGGAAAUAUUCGAAUUGAAGUUAAUGAGCUUGGCUGCUUUUUCGAUAAAACAAAUAUUACACUUGCUGAUGGUUCUAUGCGACCAUUAAAUUUAUUAACUGUCGGUGAAGAAGUUCUUGUUUAUUUAUCAUCUGGAAAAACUCAAAAAAGUCGAGUAUUAACAAUAUUUCAUCAUCAACGUUCAUCGGUUCGUUUCUUGGAAAUAUAUACAGUAAACAAACAAGAACCACUUCGUCUUACACCGUUACAUUCAAUUCUUAUCAAGAAAAAUACUAAGAAACAAUCUUCUUUUCAUUAUAGUUUCGCACAUAAGGUUGCUAUUGGUGAUUUUGUUUUUUCAUCGGAACUAAAAUCUUUACGAGUAAUUAAUAUCAAAGAAAUUAUACUUUAUAAUCAAACAAUUUCUACUCCAUUGACAUUUGAAGGAAAUAUUAUAGUAAAUAAUUUAAUAGCAUCAUGCUAUGCUACUUAUCGUCAUAAAUUUAUGCAUAUGCUAACAUUACCUCUUCGAUAUUGGUAUCAAAUAGAAAUGUUUUCUCAUUUUAAUUAUUUUAUUGUUCAUUUAAUUGAUUUUUAUUCAAAGAUAAAUUUUUAA